GUAACAAAAAUAAAGCUGAUGAACAAGUAGACGACAGAAAUAAAGCUAUUAAACAAAUAGAUGACAGAAAUAAAGCUAGUGAACAAGUGGACAAUAGAAAUAUUGUUGUUGAACAAGUAGAUGAUGGAAAUAAAGCUAUUGAACAAGUAGAUGAUAGAAAUAAAGCUAUCAAACAAAUAGAUGAUAGAAAUAAUGUUAGUGAACGAGUUGACAAUGAAAAUAAUACUGGUGAACUAGUAGAUAAUAGUAAUGGAAAUUAUGAUACAAAACAAUUAGAUAAUGAAUUAGAUAAUUUCGAACAAUCAGUUAAUGUUAGUAAGCAAUUAGUUGAUAUUGGACAAUUAGUUGAUAUUGAUGAACAAUCAGAAGAUGCUGAUAAAAGCCAUAUGUUAGAUGCUAACGAACAAUCCGAUGAUAUGAACUAUGUAUUAGAUAAUGAUAAUUAG